AUGGAAACCAGCACUAUAUCCAGCAGAGUCGAAGGACUAGAGGACAGCCUUCAUGAGAAGAUCGAGGUUAUGUCCAACAGGGUUGACAUAUUGGCGAGUAGUCUUCAUGACAAGAUGGACAAUAUCUCUGGCAGAGUUGACAAAUUGGCGGAGAUGGUGGAGAAAGUCGUCAAGUGCGAGCGGCUUGCGAUGGAAAAGUUUGGGCAUUUAACUAAGCGCAUGGAGCAUCCUGUGUCAUUCCAAUCACAGAGUAAGGCCGCCGUUGAUUUGCGACGUCGAAGCCCGCUAGAUCAACUAUAG